AUGAGUAAACGAGAAGCUGCUGAGCCAGCCGUUGAUGUUCCUCCGGCCAAGAGGCUUUAUCGUGGAGGCCCAGAUGACUUAUACAUUGAUGAUGCAGAGGACGACUUAACUAGCGCUCAUACUCCAUAUUCCACCCAGGACCCUGAUUCACCACAGACAGUGAAUACUGCUGCUACAACUCCCCGGGCCAAGUUUCCUUCGGAUCUCAAAACUCUUGCUUGCACAUGGCCUGGUUGCCCAAAGACCUUCAAUCGACCUGCCAGAUUACGAGAUCACCUCAAUUCUCACACCAAUUCCCGACCAUUCAAGUGUCCUUAUGAUGGUUGCGAUAAGGAUUAUAUAGAGGACAAGCACUUGAAGCAGCACAUCAAGGCUGUCCAUACUCUGGAGCGAAAGCAUGUCUGUCAAAAGGAAGGCUGCGGCAAGAGCUUUGUGACGGGUACUCGACUUAAACGACACCAGGCUGUCCACGAAGGCGAAGAGAGAUUCCGUUGCCAAGACUGUGGGCAGAGUUUCAGAAAGAAGGAGACAUUGAGCAAGCACGUUCGAAAAGACCACCAGGGCCUGCCUGCCCUCCAAUGUCCAGAGCAAGGGUGCCGUCAUGCUUUUGAGUCCAAGGCAGCCUUGAAACGACACCGCGAUAAGGAUCAUGGCGAGGCAAAGUUCUGGUGCGGCGAAUGCGGUUUGAAGAGGAUGCCAGAUGGCACAGAACAGCGGGUCGGAUUCACUACUGAAGUGCUGCUUCAGGCACAUAUCCGCCAAGAACAUCAAAACUGCAUUUUCUGCGAAUUCAAAUCUGUUUCACGAUGGGAGCUGGAGAAGCAUGUCGAAAUGCACCAUUCCGGUCAGUCCGUCGAGGAUCGAAAGAACAUCGCCUGCCCAUACGACGAUUGCACCAAGAAGUUCACUAAGAAGUCCAACCUCAACGCCCAUAUUCGUACAGCGCAUGAGGGGUUCCGCUUUGUUUGCGGCCAAGUUGACAUCAAUAGUUCUGGCCUACAGGGCUGGACAAACGAUCAAGGCUGUGGUGAUAAGUUCAGUACCAAGAGUCGACUAGAAGAUCAUAUACGAUAUAAGCAUCUCGGCCACGAACGCCCUAAGCUCUCGAAGCCUGAGCCGUCUCAAGGAAUCAAUCUUAUCAAUGAACUCUCCGGUGCUGCGAUCCAGGCAGAGAGAACGAUUUCUUGUCCUCACUGCCAUGAAGCCUUUAUUCGCUACCACGACCGGGAUGCACAUGUUGAGCUGUAUCACCCACCGGCUACUGACCCGUCUCUUAUCCUAGCUGGAGACCAGCUUGAUCCUGCUCAGUUCUUCUUCGAUGGCAGUUUCCCUAACACAACGAAUUGGCCUGGUAUUAUGCCGGAGGAUGACAUCUUCGCUGCUACAAUGGACUAUGGCCCUCCGCGAGAUGACUGGCCAGAGGACGAAACCAACAUACUUCUGUUGGCAAGAGAUCCAGCACUACAGGAUCCUCUUAUUGACCCCGCUCUUGGUACUCUCUGA